AUGUUUCCUUUGAUCUUCCUAGCUCUCCUCCUGAUUUCCAUAAAAUCUUCAACAUCUUGCCCGGAAUGCGUCUACCUUUCAACUCGCUAUCAAGAACAUAUGAACCCAGAUGUUAAACCUUGCGAUAACUUCUAUGAAUUUGCAUGCGGCAACUAUAAAACCAAACAUCAAAUUCGAAAAUAUGAGCAAUAUCGGACUAUUUUGGAAGAGAUUCAAAGUCAUAUUCAUGAUCAGAUCAAGCGCAUUUUCCAAGAAGAUGCUCUAAGUCCAACAGUUGCGAAAGCUAAAAAAUAUUAUGAAAAUUGUCUCGAUGAGGCGAGCAAAAAAGAGCACAAUGAUGAACUUCUACGGAAACAAAUUGAGAAUUUUAGAGGGUGGAAGAUGUUGAAUAAUAGAACAGAAGAUUUGGGGUCUUGGGAAAUUUUUGGCGAGGAAUUUUACAUUACAUGGGUUUCAUUAUUUGUUCACCCCAAAGAUCACUAAGGGGAUAAUUAAGGUGAGUAUUUAAGGAGCAAUCCCUAAAUCAUCAACCACAGUUUAGCUCGAAGGUCCCACAUUUUCAAUCGGAAAUCAUUGGACAUAUUAUUCCGCUCUUGCAACCAAUCAAAAUCUUCAAAACAGUUAUAAAAAUAUGGUUUCGGAAAUUUUUAAGCUUCUUGGAAUACCAGUUGAAAAUAAAAGCUUCCUUGAUGAUCUGAUCAAAUUCGAACUUCGCCUUGGUUUUCAUCGAAUUAUGCCUAUAGUCAUGACUUUUGAAGAAUUAAAGACUAAUUAUAGUUUCAUUAAUUGGGAUGAAUAUUUCAAUGAGGAAUUGCGAAAUGAUUUGGGAAAAAGUUUCGAUAAAAUUGAAGUGACUGUGAAAUUGGAUUUGAUCAAAGAUCUAGUGGAAAAUGUGAAUACAACAUUGAAGAUUAGAGAUUUUUUGAUGUGGAGGUUUACAAAGGAUAUGUUAAGCUUCAUGUCUGAAAAAUAUCAAAAACCGGGGAUUGAAUUCAGCGAAAAGGAAUUUGGCAAACAUUCAAAUGUAGGCCACUUGAAUUAUAAGGUUUCGAAUUUCUUAAUUUUUCUUUACAUACAGUUUUCAACAAAUGACUCCUGCUUGAUAGAAACCCGCCAGAAAUUCGAUGUUCCAUUGGCCGCUGAAAUUUUGACCAAAAAUUUCAAGAAAACUACAAUCGAAAAAAUGAUUGAAAAUAUCAAAAAUGCUAUGAAAACUCAAUUAGAAAAUGUAGUCUGGAUGAAUGAGGAAACCAAGAAAAAGGCUUUGAAAAAGCUGGAAAAAAUGAAGCAGCAAGUAGGAUAUCCCGAAUAUUUGAAGGAGAAUUUGACGGCGUAUUUCAAAGGUUUUAAGUUAGUUGACGGCGAGUUUUUGACAAAUGCUAUUGAGUUAUCAAAACUCAAAAGAAAAGAGGAUCUAAAGAAACAAUCAAAUUGGAAAACAUUGUUGGAAGUUGAUGCAUUUUAUGAUCCCUUUAUAAAUACUUUCAUAAUUGGAUCGGUUAUUUCAAUGUACCCAAUGUUUAUUGAAAAUGCACCGAUUCCAAUUAAUUAUGGAUCUUUUGGACAUACAAUUGGACAUGAGAUAACUCAUGGUUUUGAUAAACUUGGCAUGCAAUUUGAUGAAAAUGGGGAAUUUCAAAGUUGGGAUAUGGGUUCUUUGAGUAAUUUUACAAAUUGUUUAUCGGAGCAAUAUUUUGAAGAGCACACAGGAAUCAAUAAAUUUAUGUUCAAAAUGUUGAAAGAUGGUGAAGCUUUUGCAGAUAACAGUGGAUUGCGUAUAGCGUUUAAGGCUUUUAGAAAAAUAGCUGAUGGUCAACAUGAUUUUCCAAAUAUGACUGAAUAUUCGAAUGAUCAAUUAUUCUUUAUAGCGUUUGCGAAUGUGCGUUUAUUUUUCUUUUUUUUUAUUGAAACAAAAACAUUUUCAAUUUUUUUCAGAACUUAUGCAUGGCCCAGAAAGAUUCCUCAAAGGCACAUCUUCUAACCACAGAUCCACAUACAAUCGGAUCUGCCAGAGUUAACAUUCCACUGCAGAAUUUCGACAAAUUUGCGGAAGCUUUCAAAUGUGACUCUGGAAGUGCAAUGAAUCGCAAAGAUAAAUGUGUGAUUUGGUGA